AGAAAAAUUUUGACAGAUGUGGCGCUAGUGAGGAGGAAUUUGUAGAUUUCGUUCAUGAGUACAAAUGCAAAUAAAAAUAAUGUUGAAUGUUUUAAAAAAUUUGAACGAAAUGAAGGCAAACUGAUGUUUUUCGAAAAUGCAUCCUCACAAAUUCCAAAAUGUCAAAUAACAGUGAUUCUGAUGAAUUUUACGAUGCCGAGGAAGACGUAUCAAGUCAUCCUAAUAGAAGCAGAAAAUCGCGAACAUUAUCUAGGGAUUUGACGCAGCGAGCGAAUUCUGAGCCUAAUGUCUUCAAAAAAUGCCAAUCGAACAAAGAUGAAGCCAGCAAGGACGAAGAUGAGACUUCUGAAGCAUCCUCAGAUGCACUCGGUAGGAAUAGGAAAAAAUUCAAGGAAUUGAGACAAAAACUUCAAAAUGACGAUGAUGAUCCCCCUAUCGGGGAGUGUGUUCAACCAGACAGUCAAACAUCGUCUGUAGAGGGGGUUUCAGUGGGUCCUAGCAAAAUAACCCAACCGUUCAGGGUGAUCGAACAUGAUACUGUUAGUUUACAAAGUCACAGUUCACUGGGACGGUUGGGGAGGAUUUUAGGAAACGCAACUGACUCAGGAACCAUCCCGGAAAAUGGCAGAAAAGCAGUGUCAGUCUCAGCCUUGUCUUCGAGCUCGCUGGACUCAGGUUCCACACCGAGUUCGAAGGGAGUCUCUCAGUUCCCCAGUAUAUCCACCUUGACCGCUAUCAGACCAGCACAAAACGUAGAGACUCCCGCGAAACUCCAAGAACCUGACGUCAUAGCGAGCACCAAGACAUCUACUGCUACUUCUUCCUCCCUGAUCAAGGCUCCGGUGGCUCCACCCAGGAGAAAAAAGAAGAACAAAGAGGUCGGAUCGCUAAAUUUGACGAAAUCGGCUUCCACGACAACAUUCCAAACUUCUUCCCAUCACCUGGCCAGUCCCAUAAGCACGGUGGAGUCCCUGACCAGAGAAUUCGAGCAUUCCCUUCCCAAACAAUCCUCCUUACCGUCCUCCAAGGAGCCGCCGGAGGUCCAAGAAUCCAAGAGUUCGAAGAGCUCCAGGAACUCCACCUUGAAGUCGGUACAUUCGCUGGACAUAAACCAGGCCCUGAAGGGCCAGUUCGUGGUGAAGCCCCAGGACACCGAGAGUUACAAGGCGAGGAAGAGUUCCAAGGUGGAGAUCGCUGAAAAGGUCGGAUGCAUGUCUUUGGUCAAGGAUUUUUCGAGCUCCGUCGCUGCCGGUACUAGGGGGUCUUCCGGUAGGAGUAGCGUGGGGCAUUACAGCCUGGGACCGCACAGGGGCACGAAUCAAUCGUCGGCUUCCAAUUCGAAGGCUAGGAGAAAGUCGGCGGGCGACGAGAACAUGAUGGCAAUGAAGGUUAGGACUCACACCGAUUCGGGGAAGCAACUAUCUGAUCUUGAAAUAUUGGAACAGGUGACCGUUCUCAAUCUGGACACCGGCGAGAGGGUGCCGCUGAGCGUGGCAGAAGACAAGCUGCCGCAAUGCAUAAAUCCGCUGUCGUUGCACAUCAUGAGGUUGACCUCGGAGUACGUAAGCAGUUCCAGCAUGGAUAAGAACAAGGAGUCGGACGAGGAGAGCGUGGACCUGAAGAAAUCGGAGAUCCCGGUGGUGGACGCGGAGAGUUCGGAGGGUGGUAGGGUGCGUAGGAGGACCGCCAAACUGAAGAGGUUCCUGGACUCUACCGUCAAGAAGACAAUGCAUAAGGCGAAGAGCAUCGCACAAGAAGUGUCGCACGCCCGUCACAAAGAAGACACCAUCGAUAUCAUCGACAACGUGCAUCCCGGAGAGCAGAACAUUAAGCUUAAAACCUCGAACUCGCACAAGGGGCCCUACGAGUUCGAGAAGGUCGAGCACGUUCAGGAGCUGAACGACGAACACGAAGGUCCGAUAUGGUGUAUGAAAUUCUCUUGCUGCGGUAAGUUACUGGCGACCGCCGGACAAGAUAAGGUGUUGAGGAUAUGGAUCGUUAGGGACGCGUUCCAGUUCUUCCAGGAGAUGCGGACCAAGUACAACGCGGAAAAGGUAUCCCCCACCCCGUCGCAGGAAUCCCUCGUCUCCCACCACUCGAACGACGCGAGCGCCAGUCUGGCCAACAUGGAGGCGAUGAACAGCAACCGGGAGAACUCCAAGCUGGUGUUCAUGCCGAAACCCUUCUGCACCUACUCCGGCCACACGUCCGACCUGCUGGACGUGUCCUGGUCCAAGAACUACUUCAUACUGUCCUCCUCGAUGGACAAGACGGUCAGACUGUGGCACAUAUCGCGCAAGGAGUGCCUGUGCUGCUUCCAGCACAUCGAUUUCGUCACGGCUAUCGUCUUCCAUCCCAGGGACGACAGGUACUUCCUCAGCGGCUCGCUGGACGGUAAACUGAGGCUGUGGAACAUCCCCGAUAAGAAGGUGGCCGUCUGGAACGAGGUGGAGGGCACCACGAAGCUUAUAACGGCCGCGAACUUCUGUCAGAACGGCAUGUUUGCGGUGGUCGGGACGUACGACGGGCGGUGCAUCUUCUACAACACCGAUCAGUUGAAGUAUCACACCCAGAUCCACGUGAGGUCUUCCAGGGGUAGGAACGCGGUUGGUAGGAAGAUCAGCGGUAUCGAACCGAUGCCGGGGCAGGAUAAGAUACUGAUAACGUCGAAUGAUAGCAGGAUCAGGUUGUACGACCUGAUCGACCUCAACGUCAGCUGCAAGUACAAGGGUUACGUGAACAUGAGCAGUCAGAUCAAGGCGAGCUUCAGCCACGACGGGAAGUACGUGGUCAGCGGUUCGGAGAACAGGGACGUGUACAUCUGGAAGACCAACCACGACUACGCCAAGUUCUCCUCGGUGAGACGGGACCGCAACGAUUUCUGGGAGGCGAUAAAGGCGCACAACAACACGGUGACCUGCGCAAUAUUCGCUCCUAACCCGGAGAGCAUAAUCAAGAUGGUGGAGGAGGCUACUAGGUCGGAGGCGCAGGAGGACGAAGAUAAUAAGGUGGAGGAUCCGAUAGUGGAACAGCACACGAAGGGUUGCGGGGGGUACGUGUUGGUAUCGGCCGAUUUCAACGGCUGCAUCAAAGUAUUCAUAAAUAAGAUGAAACCAAAACAUAGUUCGUUACCGGUUUCGGCCAUGGCUUAAUGAUUUUUACCGAUCGAAUCGUUGAAAGUUCGCUUAUAAUUUGUUUGUUAAUUCUUUUUAUCCAAAUUUUAUAGAAUCUAAUCGAAAUGAAUAUUGUAGAAAGUUAUUGUAUUUAUUGUAAAUUGGUUGUAUAUAAAAUUUUAGAAAAAUUA